AGGCUUCACACACCACAGUGACUUAACAAAGCAGAACUGUCGGCAGAGGCAGAGUGAGCUUGCUUGCUUUCCUUGCUAACAGUUUUUCUCGGAGCCUCCGCCGGGCGGAGGAUAGUCGGUUGAGUUAAUUAGAAUCAUAAGAACACAAUGCAGUACCGCAGUGACUACCGUUGGUUCGUUAGCGUAUUCUUUUUGGUUCUGUGGACGUGUUUGGUGGUGGUGUCGGCUCAAUUAGCGGCCGACCUCCGUUGGAAGUCUGGCGUAGCCACCUGGUACGGAGAGGCCGAAGGGGACGGCAGUGUUGGUGGAGCGUGUGGGUACGGGACAAUGGUGGAUGUUAAGCCAUUGAGGGCUCGAGUUGGUGCGGUGGGUCCAUUGCUGUUCAAGAACGGUGAGGGCUGUGGGGCCUGCUAUAAAGUGAAGUGCUUAGACCGGAACAUAUGUUCGAGGAGGGCCGUGACCAUAAUUGUGACCGACGAGUGCCCGGGGUGUCCUAUUGGGAGCACCCACUUUGACCUGAGUGGUGCAGCCUUCGGUCACAUGGCUAUAUCAGGUGAGGGUGGCCAGCUCAGGAACCGAGGCCAGCUCCCUGUCAUUUACCGCAGGACUCCGUGUAAAUAUCCAGGGAAGAACAUAGCUUUCCAUGUCAAUGAAGGUUCCACAGACUACUGGCUGUCCCUACUAGUGGAGUUUGAGGAUGGAGAUGGAGAUGUUGGGUCAAUGCACAUCAGAGAAGCAAGUUCUAGCCAAUGGCUACAGAUGAACCAUGUAUGGGGUGCUAAUUGGUGCAUUACUGGGGGGCCAUUAAAAGGUCCAUUCUCAGUGAAGCUAACAACACUUUCAAGAGGAAAAACACUAUCUGCAACAGAUGUCAUUCCCAGGAACUGGUCUCCAAAAGCCACUUACACUUCUCGCCUCAAUUUCUUCUAAUACACAUUUCAAGGGUCUUUCAAGUUAAAAUUUAGACUAUUGGUGGGUUUUCAAAAGAAGGGCAGCCGUUGGAUUGCAAAUAUAUAUGUGUUGCAUCCAAGGCUCUUUCUUUUUUUCUAUUUUUUUCCCGACUUUUGUAGCGUGAGAGUGUAGAUCCAUCUGUGUAGCCCUCUCCAAAGGAGAGAGAGCGAGUAACUUGGUUAUCAUGUUUUUUGUUUUGUUGCAAGUGUGUGGGUCGUUCCAGCCUUUAAUGGGUUUGGACUGUUGAAAUCUAUUACUAAUGAAAGUCAGUUUGGUUAUCAUCUUCUCUAA